GUCACACUACUACAAAUACCAUGAUGCAUCACUGGAAACGCCCCCGGAUUGCGUAUUAAUCUGCGUCAUACAUUUCAGAAAAAGGCGGAUAUUUAUAGAUUAUUUCAAAGUGUCGGCGGCGCUAUUUUGCUCUAAAUAUAAUGCCAUUUAGCGAAAGAUUUUCUGUUAUACUGUUAUACCGAGGAAUGUUCCUGGUUGUUGUUUAGACUUUUGCCGUCAGUGGCAAAAUCAGACUAUCGACUGAGAGUAGGGAUGUUGUUACCAUGGUAAUGAAACUUUACGUUGAAUGACUCCGGCAACCUGUUAGCUAGCUGCUAAUGCUAGCUUAACAGCAUAACGUGUAAAUGGGCUAUUUUCCUUUUAAAAAUUGACUUGGUUCCUAAUGUGAGUGAGAUGUCAUCUGAGUUUCAGUCAUCGGGGAUCCAAAGUGUUGGACUUUCCAGCAAUAGUGGAGUUUGCGUUAUACACCCUGCAAUCGCAGUGUCAGAGCCAACUGAGGUACAUGGCAUAUCUGCACCGCUGAGAUUCAACAGUCUGACGUUGAACGAAUUAUGCAAGGAGCUGGAUAGGCGCACCAAGGAAACUCUAAAGCUUCAAGAAGAGGUGGAAAACGCAACCAAAGUGACUCUGGAAAAAUUUGGCCAUGUAUAUGACAAUAACAGCUCGGACAGACCAGGCAAUCACAGGUCCAAUGUUUGUAAUGCCCUUGGGGAUUCAGUCCACCACCAGGUAGUGACUCAGCUUUUGGGUUGUGGUCUGGACAGUUUACACCAGGAGACAACCCAAACCAAUGUAUGCUCUCCUGAAAAAGAGGCUUUGCAAAAUGCUGGGGAUGAUUGCCUUCAACAGUUCUCUGAGUUCCAGGUAAACAAGGCAUCUGAUCAACAUGAGCAAGAGACAUACAGAUUUGAAGAGGCCAUCUUGAAGCUGCAAACUGAGCUACAGAAAGUUCAGAUGGAAAAGGAUAUUCUGUCUGACCUCAGACUGAAGGACUCAAGGGAACAUGUCCAUCAAAUGGAAAAGAUGCUGUGCCUUUUGGAGGAACUCCAAGUCACCAAAAGGUCUGGAGAACAGAGACUGCAGAAGACAGAGGAUGAGGCAUUGGUGCUUAACAAGAAAGUAGAGACACUGGAGAAGAUUUUAAAGGACUAUUAUGCUGAGUUUUCUAGAGAGAAACAAAGCGAACAUAAUGGUGUCAAUAGUCUGAAUACUGAUACUGUCCCAAGACAUCUGUCUACAUCUGCAGGGCAUCAUAAUGAUGAAGGAGACAAAAUACACAAGAAAAAUAUUUUGCAAAAAGAACAUCUAGUAGAAGAAUGCAUUGGAGUGAAUAAGCAAGAACGAAUGGAAAAUCUGAUUGCAAGUCUUGGCCAGGAGAUGGCGAUGUUGACUGAAAAACUGAGUUCAACCAAAACCAACAGUGUCGGUUUGAGUGUUAAGUUGGAGCUGCUGAAGAAACUUGCAGAAAGGCAGAUAAUAUUGCAUCAGGAUCAGGUCAGUGAACUUGAGUCAACCAUCUCUAGCCAAAAAGAUAAGGUUGGUUGUCUGGAGCAGCAGCUCACUCAUGUUCAAUCCCAGCUGGUGGAUGCCAAGAGAAAAGAAGAAAGGUUACAAAACCACAUACAGGAGCUUCAGUCCCAAGUUAGCCAAGUGAAGAGGUGCAAGCAACAGCAGUGUGAGCUCCAGGAGGAAGUGAAGGCCUUAAGAGGACAGCUUGAGGAGGCCCAGGAGCAGCUUUGUAGAGCUGGGGAAGAGAAAACCUGCCUUCAGGCCUUGUUGGAGGAGAGGGCACAGGAGGGGAGGAAAUCCCAAGAACUCCUUGAGGAGAAAAAGGUGGAACUCCAGCUCAGGCAGCAAGAAGCUCAGCAGCACGUGGCCUGCCUGGAUGAGGCUCGGAGCCAGUGCCAUAAGCUGCAUGCAGAACGAGACACGCUCUGCAUGCAGCUGAAUGACGGAGAGAAAAUGAUAGAAAUUCUCAGGCUGCAGUUGGAGAGCAGCAGCCAGAUGACAGCUCAACAUGUCCACACCAUAGACAGCCUUCAUCGGGAGAACAGCCUCCUCAGCAACCAGCUCAACCAACACAAACUGGAGAUCCUGCAGCUCACGGCUGAGAUAGACCAGCACAAGUCCAGUCUGGCCACUGCUGAACAUGAAAGACACCGGCUGCAGGUUUCAGUGGCAGAGCAGACCCAUCGCAUCCAGGAGGAGACCUUGGAGAAACGGCAGCUCACCACUCAGCUGGAGGUUCAGCGUUUGCAGUUACUAACACUUACUAAGGAGCACAAGGAGCUGCAGCGGCUCCACAGCUGUAAGGACGAUGAGCACAAGGGUGUGGUGCUGAAGCUCCAGAGCCAUUUGAAAAACCUACAGGGUGAACUGGAUCGGGUCAGGAGCACCCUGAGGACCUUGGAAGGAGCUGAUGGACACGGUUUUGAAGUAGCCUUGGGCAUGCAGAAGGAAAUCACUGCCAGGAGAAAGCAGAUCGACUUCUUACAGGGUAGAAUUCAGCACUUGGAGGAGACGACGGAUAGGCUUAGCCAGGAGAAGCUCUACCAGAAACUGGAGAACCAGCAUCAGCUCGAUGAGCUGACUUCUCUCAGAGAGGAGAAGAAGCAACUUUCCACUGCACUGGAGGCCCUUCACUCCAAAGACAAACAGUUAAAGGAGAGGAUCAGUGAGCUGAAGGCCAUCCUACAUCAGUUGUCGGAGAGCUUUGCCAGCUGUCAGGAUUUCAUCCAGAUGCAAGAACAGGCGUUUUACCGCCUUAAGCUAAAACAUACUUUGGACCUGAAGGAACGCCAAGGUCGAACUUUGUGCACUCCACCUGCCCCGGUGUCCCCAUCUGCACUCACUGCUCCACCCUUUUCGCAGCAUGCCUCCGACCCCCUGAUCAAGUCAAAAACGCAGGAGCACUGUCCCUCUAUGGAGCUCAGGUCUCUUGUCAAAGAUCUGCGAGGAGUGAUUUCAGAGAACCAGAGACCACACACCAAUAACAUAAGCAACACCACCACUGACAGCAGCAACACCCACAGGAGGAGGUCUGCACCAGAGAGAGCACGCAGAGCCACACUCAGCACUGGAAAAACUGAAGGAGAAGUCAUGGCUGGCUCCAGACUGAGAAGAAAGACCUACGGGAGUGAACCACAGCUCCUGAAAACCGCUGAUAUGAACGGAAAACUAUCCCAGAACAACUCUUUUAGUCAGAACCCGCUCACAUCGACUCCGACAGGUGCACCAUGGUACGUUACCUCCUCGCAGCUCCUGUCACUGGGCCGCAGAUCACCUGUGCACUCUCUGCUCACCUCUGACCCAAACAGCUAAACCCCUCACAACAGUCCUGAGGCUGGCUCCUCUUAUCAUGUGCUUCUCUUUUUUUAAAACCGUUCACCAGAUGAAGUCGGAUGUCAAAAGAAUGUUGUAUAAAAACCUGAGUUUAGUCUAUUAUGUUAUUUAUUGUUUAAAUAAAGUAUAAAAA